AGAUAAACCAAUCGUGAGAUCUUAUCUUGACCACGCGAGCAUAAUUUUAAGGGAGUUGAACUCUAUACUGGAGAAACUCAACUCUACAAAAACUCUACUGACUCGUUCACGACCCUCAUUUUCGGAAGAGGAUCCAACAGAUCCAUCUUCGAAUAAGAUACAGAAGUAGACCCGACUUCCGUACCGUUGUUUCAACAGGCGGUGGCGGCUCGCGACGACCCGUCAUAUACGACAACUCAAAUUUCAAGCUUAUUGGACUGGUAUAAAGCUGGACCGAGCAUGUACUUCACCCGAAUUCAUUGCACUGUGAAUCCAUAGCAAGUUUAGGCUAUCUCUUUCUUCGAGACGACGGUCUCAUGCUAUAUAUAAUGUUUGCUCCAGUUCGUUAAUGGCCAUGCUAUACAGCUAACGGAACUGAGAAGCUCCUUGGUCCAAAGCCAACUUCGAAUCAACAUGUCAGAUCCAAUUUCGCCGGAUCAAGAAUGACAGAUUGGUGCCACAGAAGGGUUUGUGACUCGCUAUUCAUGCGCGGAGUAACUAGCUCCACGUUGCUUUCGGCAUAAGUGAACGGUUGUCAGACAGCUCGUUAGGGGCAAGUUGCUACACAUGAGCCUGGUACUAACAAUGAUCCUCAAACGGACCAGAAGCGCAAACCGUUUAAACAAUUAGAAGGUUCGCGGCUGGCGCCCGAACCACGAACGAAAAACCACCACUCUUCCACCCUACCGGCAAUCUGAAGAUGCGGACCAUGAUAUGUCCUGAGACUCACGAGACUUGCUUCAAGCCCAGCCACCAGGACCAUCGUUAUGCUUCUCGUUCUCUUGGCUCACUCAUGCUACUCAACGGGCGCACACAAGAUACCAAGGCCCCCAGAACGAGAUAUCAAUAGCCCACAUGUGUGGUUACGUUUUAUUUCUAAACCUUUGCGGAUGUUAUGGCGAGCUCCUUUUCGAAACAUCCUGCCCCCAAGUAUACCAAGAAAUCCACCGAAUCAAUGAUUCAGAUGCCUGGACAACAGAGGGUCUAAACGAGCUCCCCUUUACUCUCCCCGAUCAUUGUGUUGCUGGCUGGCACAACACACGGAUAAUUCUGACACAUGGCGUUUGUUGCCCUCGAUGGUGGUUCGAAUGCCCUUCUAUUAGGGUUCCUGGAUAUCCAUAUUUCUACCACCCGGGCAACAGACAAGGUUGAGAGAGAGCGUCUGUACGAUAAAAUGAAGCCAAAUUAGAAGGUCUAGCCCAAGUUCAAGGUGAAGGUGAAGGAUGUAUUUGCAUGAGUGCGGCGCAUGGGAACGACGGCAACUGCAAAAGCUGCCAGGAGUUGGUUAUAUUUUAAUAUCUGUACCCUUAGUCUAUUAGUAAUAUCAUACAACCUUACGAUGUGCCAUCGCUUGCUGAUGGAC